CCGCUUCCCGACCCCCCGGGCCGCCGCCGGUGAGUCCCGCUCCCGCUUCCCGACCCCCCGGGCCGCCGCCGGUGAGUCCCGCUCCCGCUUCCCGACCCCCCGGGCCGCCGCCGGUGAGUCCCGCUCCCGCUUCCCGACCCCCCGGGCCGCCGCCGGUGAGUCCCGCUCCCGCUUCCCGACCCCCCGGGCCGCCGCCGGUGAGUCCCGCUCCCGCUUCCCGACCCCCCGGGCCGCCGCCGGUGAGUCCCGCUCCCGCUUCCCGACCCCCCGGGCCGCCGCCGGUGAGUCCCGCUCCCGCUUCCCGACCCCCCGGGCCGCCGCCGGUGAGUCCCGCUCCCGCUUCCCGACCCCCCGGGCCGCCGCCGGUGAGUCCCGCUCCCGCUUCCCGACCCCCCGGGCCGCCGCCGGUGAGUCCCGCUCCCGCUUCCCGACCCCCCGGGCCGCCGCCGGUGAGUCCCGCUCCCGCUUCCCGACCCCCCGGGCCGCCGCCGCGCCGCCUCGUCGCUCCUGCAUGGCGUGGCCCUGAUGGGAGAUGACCGACCAGGAGAACAACAACAGCAUCUCCAGCAACCCCUUUGCUGCCCUCUUCAGCUCUGUUGCCGAUGCCAAACACUUUGCAGCUGUCCAUAAGCAGCAGCAGCUGCGGCAGCUCACAGGCGAGGAGGCUUCGGUCAGUCAGGAUGACUCCGACAACAGUGUCUCGGAGAGCCUGGAUGACUGUGACUACUCGGUGGCUGAGAUCAGCCGUUCCUUCCGCUCGCAGCGGGAGCUGUGCGAGCAGCUCAACAUCAACCACAUGAUCCAGAGGAUCUUCCUUAUCACCCUCGACAACAGUGACCCCAGCAUGAAGAGUGGGAAUGGCAUCCCAGCACGCUGCGUCUACCUGGAGGAGAUGGCCACGGACUUGGAGGAGCAGGACUGGCUGGACAUGGACAAUGUGGAGCAGGCCCUGUUCACUCGCCUGCUGCUGCAGGAGCCUGGAAACCACCUGAUCCACAUGACCUCUGCCAGCACCCAGAACCUCUCUGCUGACAGGGACGCAGGGGAGAGGCAGAUCCUGCACUAUCUCUACGCCUGCUUCCAGAGGGCAAGAGAAGAGAUAACCAAGGUCCCGGAGAACCUGCUGCCCUUUGCUGUGCGCUGCCAGAACCUGACGGUGUCCAACACUCGCACCGUCCUCCUCACCCCGGAGAUCUACGUCAACCAGAAUGUGUCAGAGCAGCUGGUGGACCUGCUGCUGGAGGCUCUGAGAGGGGCACAGUUUGAAGACAUGACUGAGUUCCUUGAGGAGGUGAUUGAAGCCCUAACAAUGGACGAGGAGGUGCGGACGUUUGGGGAGGUCAUGGUUCCCGUGUUUGACAUCCUCUUGGGCAGAAUCAAAGACCUGGACCUCUGCCAGAUCCUGCUCUACACAUACCUCGACAUGCUGCUCUACUUCACAAAGCAGAAGGAUAUAGCAAAGGUUUUUGCAGGCUACAUCCAGCCCAAGGAUCCCAGCAAUGGGCAGAUGUACCAGAAGACAUUGCUGGGUACUAUUCUAAACACCUCCUGCCUGCUGAAGACCCCUGGUGUUGUGGAGAACCAUGGCUAUUUCCUGAAUCCAUCCCGCUCCAGCCCACAGGAGAUCAAAGUGCAGGAGUCCAACAUUCAUCAGUUUACGGCCCAGUUCCAUGAGAAGAUCUACCAGAUGCUGAAGAACUUGCUGCAGUUGUCUCCAGAGACAAAGCACAGGAUCCUUUCCUGGCUAGGCAACUGCCUCCACGCCAAUGCAGGCCGCACCAAGAUUUGGGCUAACCAGAUGCCAGAGAUCUUCUUCCAGAUGUAUGCCUCAGAUGCCUUCUUCCUCAACCUGGGAGCUGCUCUCCUGAAGCUGUGCCAGCCCUUCUGCAAACCAAAAUCUCUAAAGCUGCUAACCUUCAACCCUACUUACUGUGCCCUGAAGGAGCUGAAUGAAGAGGAGAGGAGGAGUAAAAAUGUACAUAUGAAAGGUUUGGAAAAAGAGACGUGUUUGAUACCCGCUCUGAGCGAGCAGGAGCCAGAGUUUGCCAACAGCUACAAUCUGGUGACAGAGAACCUGGUCCUCACCCAGUACACCCUUCACUUGGGAUUUCACAGGUUGCAUGACCAGAUGGUAAAGAUAAACCAAAGCCUUCACCGCCUGCAAGUGGCGUGGCGAGAAGCCCAGCAGAGCUCCAGCCCCGCCGCUGACAGCCUCAGGGAGCAGUUCGAGCGCUUGAUGACCAUCUAUCUCUCCACCAAGACGGCGAUGACGGAGCCCCAGAUGCUGCAGAACUGCCUGAACCUGCAGGUGUCCAUGGCAGUGCUGCUGGUGCAGCUGGCCAUGGGCAACAGUGGCACGGAGCCGCUGGCGCUGACCUUCCCGCUGCCGGAGGUGCAGAGCAGCGCCUUGGCCUACGUGCCAGAGUUCUUUGCUGAUAAUCUGGGCGACUUCUUCAUUUUCUUGCGGCGUUUUGCUGAUGACAUCCUGGAGACUUCUGCUGAUUCCCUGGAGCACAUCCUUCACUUUGUUACUGUGUUCAUGGGUGAUGUGGAGAGGAUGAAAAACCCUCACCUGCGAGCUAAGCUGGCAGAAGUGUUGGAAGCUGUGAUGCCUCACUUGGAUCAGGCUCAGAACCCACUCGUCUCGAGCGUGUUUCAUCGCAAGCGAGUGUUCUGCUCUUACCAACACGCAGCCCAGCUCGCUGAGGCGCUCAUCAAAGUUUUUGUGGAUAUUGAGUUUACUGGUGACCCACACCAGUUUGAGCAGAAGUUCAACUACCGCCGCCCCAUGUACCCCAUCCUGAGGUACAUGUGGGGCACGGACUCGUACCGGCAGAGCAUCAAGGCACUAGCUGAUUAUGCCUCGGAGAACCUGGAGGCCAUGAACCCUCCUCUCUUCUUGCGUUUCCUUAACUUGCUGAUGAAUGAUGCUAUUUUCCUGCUGGAUGAAGCCAUACAGUACCUCAGCAAGAUUAAAAUUCAGCAGAUCGAGAAGGACCGUGGGGAGUGGGACAGCCUGUCCCAGGAGGCUCGGCGUGAGAAGGAGUCGAGCCUGCAGAUGUUUGGUCAGCUGGCGCGCUUCCACAACAUCAUGUCCAACGAAACCAUUGGCACGCUGGCCUUCCUCACCUCAGAAAUUAAGUCCCUGUUUGUGCAUCCUUUCCUUGCUGAGCGCAUCAUCUCCAUGCUCAACUACUUCCUGCAGCACCUGGUUGGGCCAAAAAUGGGAGCUCUGAAAGUCAAGGAUUUCAGCGAGUUUGACUUCAAGCCACAGCAGCUGGUGUCUGACAUCUGCAACAUCUACCUGAACCUCGGGGAUGAGGAGAACUUCUGUGCCACAGUGCCCAAGGACGGCCGCUCCUAUUCUCCCACGCUCUUUGCCCAAACAGUACGAGUUCUGAAGAAAAUCAACAAGCCUGGCAACAUGAUAGUGUCUUUCAGUAACCUGGCUGAGAGGAUUAAGUCUCUUGCAGACCGCCAGCAGCAGGAGGAGGAGACGUAUGCAGAUGCCUGUGAUGAAUUCCUGGAUCCCAUCAUGAGCACCCUGAUGUCAGACCCUGUCAUCCUGCCCUCUUCCCGCGUCACUGUGGACCGUUCCACCAUAGCCCGGCACCUCCUCAGUGACCAGACAGAUCCUUUUAACCGGAGCCCCCUUACCAUGGACCAGAUCAGACCAAACACAGAGCUUAAAGAGAAGAUCCAGCAGUGGCUCGCAGAGAGGAAAAAGCAGAAGGAGGAGGAGCUGGAGGACAGGCUGAACUGAGAUCCGGGAUCUUAUGCCCGGGCCUCACCUUGUCAUCGCUGACGCCAUAACUGCCUUGCAGGAGUAGUGGGAGCUCCAGAGCCACCCUCCUCCAGCCUGUGUCCUGUGCAUCGCCACCACCUCCGGAGCCUCCCUUAGCGACCUCCUUUUCUCUCCCUUGUUCUCUCUUUUCCUUACAAGACUUUACUCUUUAAUACUAAGACUUUCCACUGCGCUACAGCUUUGAGCCUUUGCUUGGGGGAAGACUGAAGCCUUGGCUGUGGGGCUGGGCACCCUGGCCCUCUGUCUCUUGUCCCUUAUGUUGGUCAUGUUCUUCAGCACCACCAAACACUUUGCUCUGCUCUA